AUGUGUGGAACUGAAAGAUCCAGCCAUUCCAUUGCAUGUCUAUCUAAUGGCUCCAGGGCCAACCUACCCGUCAUCGACCUUGAUCCGGGGAAUCCAGCGGUGUUCGAGGAGUACUGGAGGAGGAUGGGAGACAAGUGUAGGGUGGACAUUCCAGGGUGUGAUCUGAUGAGCUACAAAGCCCCCACCGGCAAUGUUUGCUGGUUUCUGUUGCCGGAACUGGAGGAGGCGAUCAGGCGAUUGCAUCGAGCGGUGGGAAAUGCGGUGGUGGAUGAACGACAUCUGGUGGUUGGGACGGGUUCGACGCAGGUGUUCCAGGCUGCCCUUUAUGCACUUUCAACCCCUGCUUCCCACAAACCCAUUCAUGUGGUUUCUGCUGCUCCUUACUACUCGAGUUACCCAGAAGAAACAGACUUCUUGUGCUCCAGGCUUUACAAAUGGGGAGGGGAUGCCAAGGAAUACGACGCUGAAAAAAGUGGGGCGUUCAUAGAAGUGGUCAACUCCCCAAACAACCCAGACGGCUGCAUGCGCCAAUCGGUGGUCAACGCCUCCCAAGGCAAGCUCAUCCAUGACUUCGCCUAUUAUUGGCCCCAAUUCACCCCCAUCAAUUCUCCUGCCGACCAUGAUCUUAUGUAUUUCACUUUCUCCAAAUGCACCGGACAUGCUGGCUCCCGCAUUGGUUGGGCACUUGUUAAGGACAGAGAGGUGGCAGUAAAAAUGACCAAAUAUAUAGAGCUAAACACCCUCGGGGUAUCGAAAGAUUCACAAUUCAGAACAGCAAAGAUAAUAAAGUUGUUGUGCAAUGACUAUCAGAAAAUUGGGUUGAAUUCCUCAAACAACUUCUUUGAGUACGGCAACCGUGUCAUGGCGAAAAGAUGGAAGAAUCUAAGAGAUGUAAUUGGACGGAGUGAUGUUUUUAGUCUCCCGACCUUCGAGAGGCAGUACUGCUGUUUCCUUGGACGUCCUUCACGACCAUAUCCUGCUUUUGCUUGGUUGAAGUGCAAAGAGGAGAUAGAGGAUUGUGGGAGCUUUCUGAGAGGGUAUAAUAUAGAAGGGCGACACGGGAAGCGUUUUGGAGCUGAUGCAAAGUAUUUGAGAAUAAGCAUGCUAAGUAGUGACGAUGUUUUUUAUGAUUUCUUGGACAGGCUUUCCGCCAUCCAAACUUUUCAACAAUGACAAAUCUUUUUUUCAUUUUUCAUUUUAAUGGGUUUGC